AUGUACUACGAGCCGACGGACUCGCCGACGGUGGUGCGCACGUCGUCGCUCGUCGAGGAGCUCGGCCAGAUCGAGUACAUUUUCAGCGACAAAACAGGCACGUUGACCAGAAACAUCAUGGAGUUCAAGACGUGUUCCAUUGGCGGCCGCUGCUACAUCGGCCAGAUCCCGGAGGACGCCCAGGCCAGCGUCCAGGGCGGCAUCGAAAUCGGCUACCACACUUUUGAGCAGCUGCAGGUCGACCGCAAACAGCACAGAAACAGAAAAGUGAUCGACGAGUUCCUCACGCUGCUGGCUGCGUGCCACACGGUGAUCCCAGAAAUCAAGGGCGACAGCAUCAAGUACCAGGCCGCAUCGCCCGACGAGGGAGCCCUGGUCGAGGGCGCGGCGAUGCUGGGCUACAAGUUCACCGUGCGCAGGCCGUCGAGCAUCAGCAUGGAGGUCGACGGCCAGGUGCUCACGUACGAGCUGCUCAACAUCUGCGAGUUCAACUCCUCGAGGAAGAGAAUGAGCGCCAUUUUCCGGUGUCCCGACGGCAAGAUCAGACUGUAUGUGAAGGGCGCCGACACGGUGAUUUUCGCGCGGCUUGCGGACAACAACGAGUUUCUCGAGGCCACCACAAAACACCUGGAGGAAUUUGCCGUGGAAGGUCUGCGGACGCUCUGUAUUGCCGCGAGAGUGGUUCCGGAGCAGGAGUACCAGGAAUGGAGCCAGAUCUACAACAAGGCGUCGACGAGUCUGGAGAACCGGAGACGGCGAUCAACAUUGGCAUGA